CUUCAUAGCAUGACCAUUCUUACAGUACGGAGCCCCAUAGCCUGACUGCUUUUACAGAAGAGACCUCCAUAGUGUGACCACUCUUACUGCAGCCUUACAGUAGGGACCUUACAGUAGACAGUUUCAUAGUGUGACUUUUCUAACAGUAGAGAACCCUUCAUUUUUGGCAAUAUAAAGCCGUUCUGUCCUGUAGUUGUAGUGUUUGCCCCCUGGUUAUGGUUACACUAUAGGGCAUAACCCUUAGGCCGAUUUCUGUUCGUACUAUUGCUAUAAUUGCAUGUAGUGAUUGGGUCGACCCCGAGACGUCUUCUCUAUAAGCACAAUAACCUUAAUUUUUGUUGUCUUUCUUUGCCCCACAGUCCGCCGUUUGCUAAAUCCCUGUGACUUCCGUCUCAGGAUCUAUGGUCAGAUGAUCUUGGCUUUGGCAAUGGCAAUAAUGUGAGAAGAUUGAACUUGUUUGGACAAAGCAAUAGUUAAACCUCACUUGAGGGCCUCUAUCAGAUCUGGUCUGUUGUCAAUACAUGUGCAAAGAUGGUGUGCUGAGACAAGUGCCAAUGAUGACCAGACUCCUCCUUUUCCUUUUGUCCUUACCUCUCACCAUGGAGCAGGUCCCCAGCUGCAGACUGCGAGGAUGGGAGAUGGAUCCUUUCACCCAGCCUGGAGAUGUUCUCAUUGCAGGGCUUUUCCUGGUCUACUCUGGAUAUGACUUUUCAACACCGAGCUUCCAUGACUGGCCUCAGCCUGUGUCCUGUAAGGGGUUCCACAUCCGUUAUUACAGGGAUGUUCUUGGCCUCAUAUUUGCAAUUAAUGAAAUUAACAAUUCUCCAGACCUUCUGCCUAACAUCACUCUUGGCUACAGCCUCCUCCACUCCUGCAUGUCUGAGCUGCGAGCCAUCGGAGGGUCACUGUCCAUGAUGUCUGGUGCUGGAAGUCCAAUCCCCCGUUAUGAUUGUCAUAAGACAUCGGCAAUUGCUGGGAUUAUUGGAGAUAUGACCUCAUCUCUGUCGCUUCCUACAGCUCAGAUCCUGGGGGUUCACUCUUACCCACAGAUCAGUCAUGGAGCCUCCACUGCAGUGUUGAGUAAUAAAGUGAACUUCCCAUCAUUCUUCCGCACAGUGGCCAGUAACAUUUUCCAAAACCUGGCCCUCUCCCAGCUGAUUGGUCAGUUUGGUUGGACUUGGGUGGGGAUGUUGAUUGUAGAUAAUGACGUAGGAGAGCAGGGUGGACGAGUGAUAAGGGCCGAGAUAGAGAAAAGUGGAAGUUGUGUUGCUUUUUAUGAAAAGAUUCACCUCAGCUACUCUAAGAGACAAGUCCUAAGGGUGGUGGAUGUUAUAAGGGAAAGUUCUGUGAACAUCAUUAUCCUCCACAGCACUGAAGCCCACAUGAAAUCUCUUCUUGAUACCAUGUACGAUGAGGGAGUCACUGGGAAGAUUUUCAUUUCCUCCGUAUCAUUUACAAUAACGCCUGGACUUUUCUCCAAAAAAGCUUGGAAAGUGCUUAAUGGGACCAUUGGGUUAAUGCCUAUUACGGGUCAGAUGCCAGGAUUUGAGACUUUUCUUCAAAACUUACACCCUUCCUUAUACCGCACAUAUCCAUUUAUUAAACCAUUUUGGGAAACUGCUUUUAACUGCACUUGGACAAAUAGAGAAAUAAUACAAGACACAAGAGAUCCUGGCACUCAGCGGGCACCGUGUACACAAGCUGAAGAUCUUAAGGAGAUGAUACCUUCUUUAUUUGAGACAUAUGACCUCAGCUACACUUACCAUGCCUACCUGGCCGUAUAUGCCUAUGCUCAUACCCUGCAUAAUUUACUCCAGUGCCCAUCAGGGAGAAACUACCAGCCAUGUGGCAAUGUCAGCAGUAUUCGACCAUGGAAGGUUCUUACAUUUUUGAAGAAGACGCCAUUUCAUGCCCAGUCCGGAGACACUAUCACUUUUGAUGCCAAUGGAGACAUUUCUGCUUCAUAUGACAUUGUGACCAUCCAAAUCCUCAGCGGACAAUUCAAGCUUGUAACAGUGGGGUCAUUUCUUCCCAUGGAUGCAUCAGGUUACAAGAUACUCAUCAACAGCAGCCAGAUUCUUUGGAAUGAUAAGUUUUCCCAGGCCCCAGAGUCUGUGUGCAGUACCAGCUGCAUCCCUGGAUCCAGAAGAGUCCCCAGAAUAGGACAACCACUCUGCUGUUUUGACUGUGUGCCAUGCUCUGCCGGAGAGAUUUCUAAUAGCACAGAUGCCGUUGGGUGCUUGAAAUGCCCACAAGACCAGUGGUCAAAUGAAGAACAAAAUGGAUGUGUUCCAAAAAUAAUAGAAUUUUUGACAUAUCAAGAACCACUGGGACGUUUCCUGAUGUCAACGGCCUCUAUGUUUUCCUUUUUGGCUCUGUCCAUUUUACUGACUUUUAUUAGGUUUAAAGACACGCCAGUCAUCAAAGCGACCAACCGGGAGCUCAGCUACAUCUUGUUAGUGUCUCUCAUUCUCUGCUUCCUCUGCUGUUUGGUCUUCAUAGGUCAACCAACUAAGAUGACCUGCCUUCUGAGACAAACAUUCUUCAGUGUGGUCUUCUCUCUCUGCAUCUCCUCAGUCCUGGCAAAGACUAUCAUGGUAAUCUUUGCAUUUAAAGCCACCAGUCUUAACAGUCCCCUGAGGAAAUGGUUGGGACCUACAAUCCCACGUUACAUUGUAGGACUUUGCUCUGGGCUACAGAUUGUAAUUUGUUCUGUAUGGCUUAGUAAGUCUCCCCCCUUCCCAGCACUGAAUUUUCAGUUAGAAAAUCACAAGAUAAUAUUUGAGUGUAAUGAAGGACAUAAGUUGUUUUUUUACACAACUUUGGGGUUCAUGGGUUUCUUAGCCAUGAUAAGUUUCUUUGUGGCCUUUUUGGCAAGGAACCUUCCAGGAACCUACAACGAGGCCAAACUCAUUACCUUCAGCAUGCUGGUCUUCUGCUGUGUCUGGAUCUCUUUUAUCCCUGCCUAUCUGAGCACCAGUGGAAAAUAUACUGUAGCUGUGCAGGUAUUUGCCAUCUUGGCCUCUAGCACUGGACUUCUGAGCUGCAUUUUUCUCCCCAAAUGUUAUAUCCUACUUUUGAGACCAGAUAUGAAUAGACGCGAGUGUGUCGGAAGUAACACGUUUGGACAUUUGAGAUUGUAAUUACCGAUAUUGGCUUUGAGGCUGAGACGUUGAUGUAAAUAGUUGAAACCUUACGUUAAUGGUGUUAUAUUCCGAUACAGUCAAUCCAGUUGUGUCUAUGGUUGUAAAACAUCCAAUCAUUUCUGAUGUUUAUCUACUGGGACCCUCAGUCAUGAUCAAAAAUUGACCGCGAUGGAGGACAUAAAUGGAAUCCAAACAUGGUGGACACUACAACGUAGACCUCAUUUGUUGUGGUCAUAUUACUCUGUAAGAUUAUUUCAGAUGCCUGGUAAGAACUACUAAUGACUGUCGUUACUGUGACCACGAGUGGUCACUUGACAGAACGGCGUGGAAUUGUGGAGAACACAGUAAACUAUGAAUGAUACGAUAGGCUGAAUGCAUAAUACCAAUAAACCAUGGGAUAAGGAGCGCCAAUAGAUCUGUGAUUUAUGGGAGUCCAGGGGGUCUCAGAAUAUGAUGCUUGAAGGUUCACAUCACAUCCACUCCCCUGAUAGACCCUUAUGUGUCCGCAUAUCAGGCUCAGAGUUAGAGUGGAGGCAGCUGGAUCCCAGCAGGACAUAGUACAUAAGGCCAGGGAUGUGCAUCCUUGCAAUGUAAUGAUCUCAGAUAUCUCCUUUCCACACAAAGAGACCAGGUAAGUACGUUUGUAUGAUCAGUGAUUGUUUAAUGCUGCACAAUAAGUACAUUUUAACAUCCAGACGCCAGUGACCCCCGUACAACUCUACACCCCCCCACACACACCUUGUCUUCUCACAACUGGAUACAACAAUGUCUGUGUUUAUGUGCUGAGCCUUAAACUGCAUAACCUCCUGUACCUAGAGGAACAAGUAUACAGUACUUCAGAAGUUACCCUGGAGGCUGAAGCUGGGACACAAGGCAGGCAAAUUCCACACCGUCUAUACUGCUAGAAAAGGCAAGAACACCCCACAGUACUUACCUUAUUGGAACUGCUUGCCUGGGGUAUUCCUAUCUGAGACACUGAUCGUUAGGAUAUGCCAUCAAUGUCAGAUCUGAGUUGUGACCAGUCACUGCAAUGGGAGUACCAAAAACAGCAGAUAGCUGUCUCUUCCAGCAAUCUCAUAGAGGUGGAGAGGUGGUCCUUGCAUGCACGGUGCGCUCUCUUCGUUCAUCGCUA